AUGCGCGGCUGUCAAAUCUUCAGCGGAUCGAGUCAUCCAUGGCUCGUCGACAGCGUUUGCGACCGUCUCGGGCAGAAGCCCGCCCUGGUGGAUUUGAAGAAGUUUGCGAAUGGAGAGACGUCGGUGGAGAUCAAGACGUCGGUGCGCGACCAGGACGUCUUCAUCGUGCAGAGUGGCAGUGAGCAAAUCAAUGAUAAUGUCAUGGAGAUGCUCAUCAUGAUCAAUGCCUGCAAAGGUGGCUCUGCCCGCUCCAUUACUGCCGUCAUGCCCUACUUCCCCUACUCGCGUCAGAGCAAGAAAAAGGCCCAUCGAGGUGCCAUUGUUGCUCGCCUGAUUGCCAAUCUCAUGAAGAUCUCCGGCGUGGAUCAUGUCGUGACCAUCGAUCUCCACGCAACCCAAAUGCAGGGCUUCUUCAAGUGUCCCAUCGACAACCUCACCGCCGRACCCCUCCUCACCCGCUGGGUUCGACAAAACAUCAAGCAUUGGGAAGACAGCGUGGUCGUGAGCAAGAACCCUGGUGGAACGAAGCGAGCCACGAGUUUGGCAGACAAGCUCAACCUCAGCUUUGGCAUUGUCACGACGGAUCAGCGGAAGCCCAAGUAUCCUCCCAGCAUGUUCAACUCGGUGGUGCUGGAAGGACUGAGCAUCSACCACACCAUCGAGACGACCCUCGAGGAGACGGAUGACGAGAACCGACAUCAUCCCCGGGACACGACCGAUCCCAAACCACACGACUGGGCACACCCUGCUCGAGGUCAGAACCACCACACGAACGGAAACGGUCGAUUUACUCCCCACAACUUGCCCAACAGGCACCGUGGCAUCACCUCCAACCCAGCGCCUGCUGUUCGGAGAAGUCACACCAAUGGUGAUGUUGCGCCCAGUCCGCUGGCACAAGCCACUCGACCCCCAUCCGCGAAUGGAGAGCCGAGCAGUACGGGCAUCCUUCGAGCUGCCACCUCCACAAACCCUCACCACAUCGAGUCGGACGGCUACGAGGAACCAGAGGAUCCCGACAACGAUUCAGAUGAGGCUCCAAGAGAUGUCAUCACAGGUCGUCUCAUUCACGGUCACAUUGUCGAUGAUGAUGAUGCACCUUCCCCAACCGCCUCACAAUACUCCACCGCACACCCUCAACGCGCAGAUCGGAAGGUGUCAAGCGAUGAUGAAGAGCCACCAGAGCACAUGCUUCAAUCCUUCAACUCCAUGGCAUCUUCACAGUGGGGCAAUGGAAAUGGAAACCACGAAGGCGGCUUGGGCGGUACCAUGGACGCGAGUCAUUCCGACGAAGAGGAAGAAGAAAACUUCCACAACCCCGAGAUUGAAACCCGCGUCACCCUGGUGGGAAAUGUCCGCGACAAACCCGUCAUCAUCGUCGACGACAUGAUUGACAAGGCCGGCUCCUGGAUCGCGGCCGCAGAGACAGCGGUGAAGCGCGGUGGCGCAACAAAGGUGUAUUGCAUGGCCACCCAUGGUCUCUUCGGCGGCGACAGUCUCCAGCAAUUGGAUGAAUGUGACGAAAUCGAGGCGGUCAUCGUCACCAAUUCCUUCCCCAUUUCCGAUGAGAAGCGUCGCUCCACGAGGAAAUUGAUUGUUUUGGAUGUCAGCAACUUGCUCUCCGAGGCCAUUCGACGCAAUCAUCAUGGUGAAAGCAUCAGCGGUCUCUAUUAUUUGAUGGAUUGA